AUGAAUAACUGGAUGAGUAGGCUGCCAAAUGAACUGAAGCAACAGUCUAUUCUAACGCUAUGCAUUCCAGGAUCUCAUGAUUCUGGAGCCUACAACCUCUCGACUUCUCAACCAACUGGUCAUGAUCAGCCGAUGUGGAAGAUGUUGCGACGUUUAUCGAAGCUGCAUGGAUCAAGAACGAUCAUAAAGCGUUGGUCGGAAACUCAAACACUUUCCAUCACAGACCAACUCAAUAUUGGGAUUCGCUACCUAGAUGUUCGGUUCGAACUCAUUCGAAAACAUGUCGAGGAAGGCGAUUUCAACAACGUCAAAAUAGUGCACGCUUUAUACGGCGUAUCAGCACCACAAUUUCUAGUGGAAAUCACCGAUUUUUUGAACAAGAAUCCAGAAGAAAUCGUAAUUCUUGAUAUAAAUCAUGUCUAUCGAAUGAACGCGCCGGAAUUUGCUAGCUAUUUUGCACAUCCCAUGCUCAAACUAAUCGACAAGGACUUGAUUUGGCCAAUUGAGUCCGACUACACCUAUGUGACACUUAGUAAAAUGGUUUCGGCUAACCGGAGGUUAAUAAUUUUCGGUCCAUUCAAGGCCUGUUUUUUUAAUGCGAUCAAUCCAAACACUUAUAUAAUAAGUAGAUGGCCACAAACCAACAAACUCUCGCGUUUGCUUCAAUUUAUGGAAAGUGAAAUUGAAAAAACGAAAGAGAAGCCACGACUAUACGUACUUCAAGGAGUAUUGACAGCGAGUACUGGCGACGUUAUUCGCAACUUUUCCACAUCUUUACUACGAAAAUUCGGGCGACCUUCUCGCGAAGCAACGAUUCGUUUUCUCAAUUCUUUAAGUAAUGAAAACAAGCAAAAACUGAAUAUUGUGAUAACCGACGACGUCAACGAGGACUUCACCACAACCGUGAUAAACAUCAAUUUUUGCGAAUUAACACGAUUGUAA